AUGGAGAAAUCGAGUCCGGAAGCGGGGGUUCUCGCCCAUGGUCCGGAUCCGGCCCAGACUUCGCAUAUUGACUCCUCUGUUCAACCGGGAACUGUCUCCGACGAAAAGACGUCUGGUCUUGCUCGAUCUCCGUCCCUCGUGCAGAGCAAACGAUCAUCCCUGCCGCCCCGUUCCAACUCAAAUGCCCGGCAUGCCAAACGACUGACCUUGAACUUCCCGAUCAAUAUCCCUACGAACCAGUCCCCGAUCUCGACCCCAGAUACGACUAUUACGUCGCCGGCAUCUAUGACACCCAUAACACAAUCCUCAACCCGUCCAUCCCCUGCACUACCUACCGGGGCUUCAAUACCCUUAGAACUCGAGGAUGAUGGCUAUGAUUUCCUCCGUGCCAUCGCUUCGCAGGAACGCAGGGUAUUGGAGCUUCGGGAGGAGCUUCAGCGGGCGGAAACGGACUUGACCACCCUAAAGAAACAAUGGGCGAUAGCUGAGAAGUCCCGAAAACGCACCGAGAUCAGCCAUCAUGCGGAGCAGAUGUUGCCUCUGCGCUCUCCUGACACAAGCGUGCCGCCAGAUGCUUCAAGCUCGGGCUCAGGUUCGCAUCGCCGGGAACAAAGCAUGAGUUCUGUUGGGAGCUCAGCUGUUUCUCACGAGCGAGUCAGCCGAGAGCUGGAUCGGCGCCCAGGGGCGCGUGCAGCAGCGGCACCAGGGUCAUCUAUCUCCUCAAAUGGUCGACGUGUCUUCCAAGGCUCUCACACUCGCGCAUUGUCUCUUCUCUCCACAACCACCGCACCGAGUCAUUCUAGCGCCGGUCCCAUUCUCACAGACGCUGAUCGGGUUGGCCGAACUCCUCGUUCAGCCACAUUGCCCUCCGUCGAACGUAGUCAUAAUGUUACAUCAUCGAAACCCCUCGCGUCGCCCGCCCAUGAGAGCGCCGUGCCCAGCCAGCUGCUUUCCCAAUGGUCGUCGAACAUGCCACCGCCGUCGCGAGAGGCUUUCAUGCGCACCGGCAAGCAAAUGGCCUCCGAUUUGAGAGAAGGCCUGUGGACAUUUUUCGAAGACAUCCGACAAGCUACUGUUGGCGAAGAGGGCGUGAAUGGGACAACAACCCGAACAAUGUCACCCAACCGCUCACUAGCACCACCGGAAUCUCAUAAGCGUAAUUCUCUCGCCAAGUCCUCCAGUCGAGAGCGACUCUCUGUCGCGGGAAUAAACUCCAAACCGGUCGAGAUUGACACUUCUUUCUGGCAUGAAUUUGGCGUUGAUUCACCAGUGCAGAAGUCUCCCACCGCUCGCCCCAGCCCUCCCAACGGCGCAAGGACCCCUCGGGGCGAGGACGAACGCGAGCGCCCCGGUCGCCGCUCCGCCAGUCAAGUCAAAGCGGAGGAAGAUGAUACCGUCGACAACUGGGAUGUGUGGGAUACCCCGGCUCCCAACAAAACGACACACACGCCUUCCUCCAGCCGAUCCACCAUUGAGUCCAAGCAAGACCAGUCGCCCGCAACUCAAGGCAGUAGUGCCCGAACCAGUGAUAGCUUUGGCGAGUGGAACCCCAUUUCUACCGCGCCCGAUCCCAGCGUCACCGAAGGCAUCCCUUGGCCCUCCAUGCCCAACCUCGCUCCGUCGAAGCUUCAACGAACUGCGUCUACUCUCAUGGCCGAAUGGGAACGCAGCCUCUCUCCAUCACCUGAGAGGAAGACUUCUUCUAAAAGCAGUAAAAAGGACUAG